AUGGAUAAGGGUGUUAUCAGAUUUAACCAUUGUGACAAGGACAUCUUUUGUUUUUUUGUUCCGGAUCAAUGUCCUGAAUGUGGAGUUAGUUUCAGUGGAAAGAGGCUGGAGGAAGCACCUGUCAGCAUUCCAAACCCCUUCUCCAAUGGACAUAAAGUCCCAUGUGCUUUCCUCGUUGCCCCAACAGAAGACAGUGUGCUCAAAGAUUUCGAUGGCAGGUCUGAUUUACAUACAGGAAUUACUAACACAAAUGGAAUAGUUUACAAUUACACCAAGACUGGAAUUCACAGAGAUCAUCAGGGCUGGGAACGCUGUUUAUGCAUCCCACUGGUUCAGCCGGACAUGUUCAGUCUGAUCAGUCAAUGGGACCAGUAUCUGGAGAAGUUCUCUUCUGCUCAGAUGUGGGAUCCUUUAUGGCAAAGCUUUAAUGAGGAAACUCAUAACUGCUACAGUUACACGUUGAUGUUCAUUAACUGCGUGCUGGCUGCACAGUCUAAACGAGCCCUCAGUAAAGAUGAAUUCACACAAACAUUUGUGCUGCCUCGGAUUAAAAGAGCUUCCAAGUACACGAUGCUGUGUCGUGAGAUUUCCCAAAACCACUUCUACAUUGUGAACAGUCCUCAGAGAAACUCACAAGAGGGACCAAGUGAGGAAGAUAUGGAAGGGAAGAACAAUGGAACAGUUUUAUCCAGUUAAUUUGGGCUUAUUGUGACUUCCCUGGACAUCAGAGCAAAAUAGUACUGAUUUCCUGUAAUUUAAUGAAGUGAUUUAUGCAUCAUGUAUCAAGGUGGUAUUUGACUGAAUGAUGUUAUGCCACUUUUGUAAAGCUGCGUAGGGUCACAUAUGUUUUUGCUUCACUAUAAUCAAUGUUUUAUUAGACCCACUUUCAGAGAAUGCUGUUUGGAUGCGUCAACUGAACUAAAGGUACAGCAUUACUAGUAUCCCUUAAAAGGAAAAUUCACCCAAAAAUUUAAAUUCUCUAAUUAUUUACUCAACCCUUAUGAUAUCCCAGGUGUGUAUGACUUUCUUUCUUCACCAGAACACAUUUGAAGAGAAAUAGAAAAAUAUCUAAGCUCAGUAGGUCCUUAAAAUGCAAGUGAAUGGAGAUUUCUCUUUUGAAGCUCCAAAAAUCACAGAGAGUCAGCAUGAACUUCAUCCAUAAGACACCAGCUGUUAAAUUAAUGUCUUCUUAAGCGACACGAUCGCUUUUGGUGCGAAAAACCUGCUUUUCCAGCAGAUUUAUUUUGGAAAUAUUUUUUUCACAUUCAUUUUCUACACAGGCAUAAAAAAUAAAUAAAAAAACGAACCAAACCAACCAGCUCCCAGAUGACCCAUUGCAAACUAUGAUUUAAAGCAAAAAAAAAAAAAAAAAAAUGAGACAACUAUACAAAACUAAACUUAAAUUGGAAAAAUGGAAUGAACUCAUUUCAUGAAGCAUUGCGAAUAACAACCAAUUCACAAAUAAAAGAUAAGUAUAAAAACAAUAUAUAUUUGGAAAAAUAUUCAGUUAUAUACUAAUACUUUGAGAGUGUAAGGAGACUUCAUUAUGUCAUUCACAUUUAUGUUUCUUGGGAGCUGGCAGAGGCUGCUGAGCUCUUGCUGCAAUUUCAGUUUUUCUAGGAAACAGAAACUUCUCUGAUUGGUGGAUAUCUCUUCAGAAUUAUGGGUAGAGUAGUUUUUCACUGGGAAUUUGGCAAUUAAAGAAUUUCUUUUUAAAUAAAGCUGAAAUCAUACUUGUGGCUUCUAAAGAAGCAUAUGCCAUCACGCUUAACAACCACAGCGCUCAUGGUAGGUUGGUUGAAAGGUUUAUACGUUAUCUUAAUUGUGUCUCUAUGGACAAAAUUAAUGGGACUUUUAUUUCCGCAACCCGAUUGUUGCACUCUAUUUUAAUCUUCUGUUCAUAUUCAUACUCUUUUUUUUUUUUUUCAAAAGAGAAU